UUAGAUUCAUCCGCGGUUGAAUGUUGCUGAAUAGGAAGCGACCCGCGCGACUUCAGAGGAAACGAAGAGGUGCGCGUGCGAGCGGCGCUUCGGACAAUACAAAGUGAAGGCUCAUGAGUGCCGAAAUGUCUGGCGGUGUGAUCCGCGGCCCUGCUGGAAACAACGACUGCCGCAUCUAUGUGGGAAACCUGCCGCCUGAUAUCCGCUCUAAAGAUGUCGAAGAUGUCUUCUACAAGUACGGAGCCAUUCGAGACAUUGAUCUGAAAAACCGACGAGGUGGACCUCCAUUCGCCUUUGUCGAGUUUGAAGACCCGAGAGAUGCUGAAGAUGCUGUUUAUGCCCGUGAUGGCUAUGACUACGAUGGCUAUCGUCUUCGAGUGGAGUUUCCCAGAAGCGGGAGAGGAGGAUUUGGUGGUGGUGGUGGCGGCGGUGGAGGAGGAGGUGGUGGUGGUGGUGGUGGGGCUCCUAGGGGUAGAUAUGGACCCCCAUCCAGACGUUCAGAGUACAGAGUAAUUGUUUCAGGGCUUCCACAGAGCGGGAGCUGGCAGGAUCUGAAGGAUCACAUGCGUGAAGCAGGUGAUGUAUGUUACGCUGACGUUUUCCGUGAUGGCACUGGUGUGGUGGAGUUUGUUCGCAAAGAAGACAUGACCUACGCCGUUCGCAAACUGGAUAACACAAAAUUCCGGUCACAUGAGGGAGAAACUGCAUACAUCCGUGUGAAGGUGGAUGGUCCCCGCAGUCCGAGCUAUGGAAGAUCAAGGUCAAGGAGCCGCAGUCGCAGCAGGAGUCGCAGCCGCAGCAACAACCGUAGCCGAAGCUACUCCCCACGCCGCAGUCGAGGAUCCCCGCAGUACUCCCCUCGCCAUAGCCGUUCCCGCUCUCGCUCCUAAACGAGCCCUCUCGGAGCCCUUGAGCCAUUUUUUUUUGUCUUUAUACAAACCCCAUGUUUUAAUUCCACCCUUCUUGUUUCAUAUGACAGUGAUCAUCUUAUGUCUUUGUGUCCUUUUAUUUUUCUCUCCCUCCAUUGGUUAUUUUUAACAGACCAAACCCAAAAUAAUUUUUUUUAACUACAAAGUGGAAUUCUUUUUCAUAGACCAAACAAAGGGUUGUGUAAUGGCUCCUGAUAUUUUUGUAAAUGGCAUGUAUGAAUAAUGAUCAUGGGAUAGCGGGUUCCACAAUUGUUUUAUGCUGUCUUCCUCUAGACGUGAUACAGAACUGAUGCUUUGUAAUAAAGGAUUGCUAAAUCUAUACGGUUGCGUAAAAGGGUGAGUUUGAGCUCUAGAACAAACCUCUAAAAAAAACUACACCGAAGAAAAAUGGCCCUCUGGCCAUUAUUUGGGUAAUUGAACCAGUUUUACAUCAAUUUCAAAUCAGGUGGUAUAUUUCGUUGCAUUGUAAAGAUGUACUGGUCAAAUGUCUAGUUGGGUUUUUGUGUCCAAAGACAGAUUGCAGCUUUCAUGUUUUCAUUAAAAUGUUUGAUUCAGUCUUA